GUACAAACAGCGAUCAAGUUAAUUUGAGUGUGUUAAUAUGAACAAGAAGAGCUCCACUGACUUAAAAUGAGGCAGACAUAAACUUCUUGUUAAAAGAUAUUGGCAUGAAUCACUUUUUGGCAACGUGGAAACAGCAUUUUAUUAGUUGUACUGGUCUCAGAGAGGUACAGACAGACGGAUCUCAUCCACCCCGCUGCCCUGCCACCGAGGAGCUUACAAACUAAGAGAGAAAGAGAGGCAGGGUAAUCCACACAGAAGAGGUCUCACUCCCAGAAGGAACAAUAGUAGACAUUGAGGGCAGUUACAAGUACCUUGGAAUACCACAGGCUAAUGGCAACCUUGAACAGGCAACACGAAAAGCAACAAAAGCCAUAUACCUAAGUCCUGCCAGUGAUCAGAUACCCUGUGGGAAUAAUACGAUGGCCAAAGGAAGAGAUACAGACCACAGAUGUCAAGACACAAAAGCUCCUCACCAUGCAUGGAGGGUUCCACCCCAAAUCCAGAACCCUGAUACUGGACGCUAGCCGCAAGGAAGGAGGCUGAGGACUAGUGAGUAUGAGAGCCACUUUCCAGGAUGAAGCAUCCAAGAUCCAUAAGUACAUUAAGGACAAGGUACCGACAGAUAACGUGCUGAGUGAAUGUCUCAGGCAGUGGAGAACUGAGAUGCUGGAAGAGGGACCAACGGAACAUAACUAAAGUGGCUGAUCUCAACAAAUCCUACCAAUGGCUUGAAAGGGCUGGGCUGAAGGACAGCACAGAGGCACUCAUCCUGGCCGCACAGGAGCAGGCCCUGAGCACCACAGCCAUAGAGGGGCCCAGAUCUACCACACCAGACAAGACCCAAGGUUUAGACUGUGCAAAGAGGCCCCUGAGACGGUCCAGCACAUAACCGCAGGGUGUAAGAUGCGCGCAGGGAAAGCAUACAUGAAACGCCAUGACCAAGUGCCUGGCAUAAUAUACAGGAAUGUAUUGACUGGAGACCCCAAAGUCAAAGUGGGAAACACCUCCCAAGGUGGUAGAGAACGAGCGAGCCAAGAUCCUGUGGGACUUCCAGAUACAGACAGACAGAAUGGUAAUGGCGAACCAACCAGACAUUCAGGUGGUGGACAAAGAACAGAGGAAAGCCGUGGUGGUGGAUGUGGCAAUACCAAGCGAUGGCAACAUCAGGAAAAAGGAACAUGAGAAACUAGAGAAAUACCAAGGGCUAAGAGAAGAACUGGAGAAGGCUUGGAAGGUACAACGGGGGUUCAGGUCCGUUGUGGUCUAUCUGACUGCUCUGGACUGCAGCAGUGACUUUCUCGCUGUGGGCAGCAGCAUUGGCAUGCUUUACCUGUACUGUCGUCGUCUGGAACACAUGAACAAAUAUAGUCUGGAGGGAAAGUGCGAUGCCAUUACAGCUGUGAAGCUUCUCAGCUGUUUUGAUGACCUGGUUGCCGUGGGAACAGCUUCAGGGGGGGUCACAAUCUUCCAGUUAGUGUCCCCACUUCCUGGUCGCAACAAACAGCUGCGUCGGUUCGACGUGGUUGGUCUUCAUAAAGGCUCAGUGACUUCUCUGGCGUUCAGUGCUAAUGGGAUGAAACUUUUCUCUGGUGACGAUAAAGGACGUGUUGUGUUCUCAUCUCUGGAUCUGGACCAGGGCAUAUGCAAACCUGCCGUGCUGAUGGAGGAGCCCUCUGGUGUAGUUCAGAUGGAGUACAGUCACCAGGUGCUGCUGGUGUCCACCCAGCAGAGGACUCUGCUUUACUGUACACAGACACAUCAGCUGCAACAGCUGGGGACCAAGCCUCGCAAAAGUAGUGGCAGGUUUGGUGCCUGCUUUCUCCCAGCUCUCUGUAAACAAAGUGAUCUUCAGGUGUUUGCUGCUCGACCAGGACUCAGAUUAUGGCGGUCUGACAUCAGGGGACAUGUGGAGGACACCAGACUGCUCAAACCUCUGUUUGGCACACAGAUCCCACAGUUUGACCUGUUUCCUCGUCCUUGUCCGGUCGGCGCGUAUUGGCCCGCAGACAGGCAGCUUGGACUGCUCAGCUGUUUCUUUAAAGAUGGGUGGAUUCUCAGUUGGAAUGAGUACAGCAUCUACGUCCUUGACUGUCUAAAUGAGGUGAUAAUUGGAGCUCUGGAGAGCAGCGGAGACAUUGUGUCUGUGUCGUGUUGUGACAAUGAGAUUUUUAUCCUGAAAGGAGACAGAGACAUUAUCCGCCUCUCCAGCAGCCCUGAGGGGCUGGCCUCCAACUUGUCAGAGUUCUCUGCCCGUCUGUCAUCACCCUUAACUCCCACCAUCCUCCCACCAACUGGAUCAGUGGAGACAGCGCAGCCAAUUAGAACCAUGGCCAUCAUCGUAGAGGGUGGGAAGAUGGAGGGGGGAGGAGGUGAGAUGCUCUGUGAGGAGGGGGUGAAAGAAUAUGAUGAAGGAGUGGAGGAGGCAGAGGAGCAGGAGGAAGAUCAUUUGGAAGUCACAGAGCAGCUCUGCCAUCGCUCUGGACUGUUUACCAGCUGCUCCCGUAGUCGCAGCAGCUCCAUCACCUCGUGGGACAGUCUCCAUGGAAAUGGCCCGGUGACCACAUCAUCCCAAGUCACCCCCCGAAGCUACAGUGGGUCCCUGGGUCAAGAGGAGAUGCAGCAGGAACUUGUGGUGAAAGCCAUCAGAGUGAAGAAGAAGAAAAAGAGACGACACGAUAGCAGUGGUGGCAACCGCCUCUCUGAGGGCAGCUGUUCAGACUCUAUGUUUGUAGUCCAGGACAGCAGCUUUAGUGAUGGAGGUAGCGGGACUCCUCUGAGUGACCAGACCUCUCUUAUUGGGCUGGACCUUCAGAACCACGACACUCCAGAACAGAUGCACGAUCAUGAGUUGCUGGAGGCGGCAACAGGAUCAGACAGAGGUGUAACAGAUGGGGAGGAGUUGGAGUCUUUCUCUAGCCAGUCUGGAUCCCUCCUCCCAGUAUCUCUGCUCCUCCAGGAUUUGGAAAACCAUUUGAAUCCGUCAAAGACCUCUAGUGCUACUCUAGAAGUGGCAGCAGUCCUUCCGACUCCAGAUGUGGAUCUACUGCUGGAGUGCACGUUCUCCUACAUGCAUAAGACUGAGGGAAAUGAUGGAGGGGAGCAGCAGCCAAUGGACGAGCAGAAUGAUAAUUUUAUAUGUCCACGGAUUGGACCUGAGGAUGAAGAGGAGGACAAUAUGUCACCCCCUGCUGGCCUGGUGGACCAGAUGUUUUACUCCACCGUCUCCUGUAUGUCCAGUGAUGAUGAAGGAGACAUCUACUGUCCCACUCUACCCGCUGCUGCCAACGGAGAAUCCAAUCAGACAGAGGCUAUUACAGAGCAAACAGACCGGGAUACUCCGGACAGAGACCGACCCAAACCUGACCAGCUGGCAGAAAGCUGGAUGGGAUACUCAGGACCAGGCUGUGGAAUACUGAGUCUCCAGGUAACAGACAGGUAUGUGUGGUGUUUGGACUUCAAAGGAGGGCUCUUCUGUAGCAUUCUACCUGAAACUGGACUCAGUUGGCAGCGCUUCGAAGAUAAUGUCCACCAGGUAGCAGUCUCACCAUCAGGCAAUCUGCUGUGGAAGGUGGAGCAGAAGAACAUGACAGCUUUUGCAUGUGCUAAGGUGUCAGUCAAAGGUAGACGUCACUGGUACAAAGCUGUGGAGCAAGCAGCCUUUGUUGCUCUGAGUGAUGAUUCUGCUUGGAUCAUCCGGACCAAUGGCGACCUCUUCCUGCAAACAGGUCUCAGUGCAGAGCGUCCCUGUGCUCGGUCUGUGAAGGUGGACUCUCCCUGCGUAUUCAGCCAGGUGUGUGUAAGAGGAGCUGUGGUCUGGGCACUGAGCGAACACAAGGCCCUGUUCUACAGAGAAGGAAUAAAUAGCUACUGCAGUGAGGGAGAGGGCUGGAGGGCCGACACCAUCAGUGAGGGUCAGGGUCUGGAGCUGAUGUGUGUGGCCCUGGGAGAUGGUGGGACAGCCUGGGCCCUAGACACCAGUGGAAGUCUUUGGUUCCGUACUGGUGUGUGUUUGUCCCGACCACAGGGAGAUGACGACCACUGGUGGCAGAUCAGUAUUUCGGACUACGUGGUAUUCGAUCAGGGCAGCCUGUUCCAGACUCUGCUGCAGGCCACUCAGAGUGUUGCCACAGUAACCAGGGCGCCAGUGGAGCGGGUGGUAGCCUUUCUGUCACAGUAUUCACAGUGCCAGCCAAGCCUGGUCAGUGCCAACGCCACUGGGGUCUGGGUUGCAUCAGGACGAAACCAGCUACACCUGGCACGUGGCAGUCUUGUUGGAACGUUUUGGCAGAACGUUGUUCCAAGAGGAACUGUCUCAUCCACGAGGUGGACCUUCAUCACUUCUUCUUUGGUUCCUCACAGGGAAGGAACGUUUCUGUGGUUGGCUCAGAGCAGAAAGGAUCUGUUCUGUGUGUGGGAUCAGGAUGGAGAGCUCCGUCCCUCCUCUGUCCCUCUGCCACGUGAGGUGGAGCUGACUCACCUGUCUGCCUGUCGGGAUGCUCUGUGGGGUCUGGACACACACGGCCGGGUCUGCAUUCGUACCCUGUCUGCCUCCUGUCCCACAGGGCUGCACUGGACGCCCCUGGACCUCAGUCAGCUAGGAAAUGUUCGUCUGAUCAGCAUCAGCUGUGGCAGCCAGAAUGUUUGGGCCGUUGAUCAUCAAGGGGUCGUUUACUUUAGAGUGGGGACCCAACCUUUAAACCCAAGUAUGAUGCUGCCCGCCUGGAUUCACAUAGAACCACCUGUACAGCCUAUAGGGGUACAGCUGGUCAGCGUUCAGACGAGUCCCAACGAUCGUCUGCUCUGGGCACUGGACAACAGAGGAACUGUCUUCGUCAGAACUGGACUUAGUGAGGAGAUGCCAGUAGGGACAGACUGGGAGUUGGUGCCAGGUCUGGCAGUCAACCAGCUGGUCCUCAGCUGUAGGACCGUUUGGGUUCGCUGUGUGAAUGGAGACCUGGCUCGACGUUAUGGGGUCUCUGACAGGAACCCUGCAGGAGACUACUGGAAGAAGAUCCCUGGAAACGCCAACUGGUUAACUGUGACUCCAGACGACGCGUUGUGGGCAGUGACUCUGAUUGGUGGAUUGUCUCAGCGACUGACGAAGCUCCUCCCCCGGAAUCCCACCAGAACUGCCCCCUCAGCCACUGUCCUCAGUGGGGAUGAGGUAGAUGAGGAAUGGGAGCUCAUCUGAUCUGACAUCGAAGUUCAGGAUGGUCAUAGGUGGCUGCUGGAAAAUGAGCUUUUGUUUAACAAAAGGCACUUUAAUCUUGAAUCUGCUAAUAUUUACUGCAUUGUGUACAUACAGGUUUUACUGGUUCAUGACUCUGUUUGGAUGGAGCUGGUUUUAAUGUUUUGUUUUCUAGUCUGUCUGGUAAUGUAUCAGGAUGUUUAAGGGUAAUUUUACAUGCUGGCUAUUUAGUGAAGUGUGAUUGAGCAUUGGGGGGACAUUAGGGGACCUCUAACAGUUGACUGGUUUUAGUUUGCUUGUGUAAAACGACGAUAAAAGGGACAUUUGCGUUUCAUGCAUUAAUUUCAGUUGAAACUGGUUCAAAGUGGCAUUUUGUUACUUUAUACUUAACUUCUUCAGUUGGUUUUCUAGUUCAGCUUGGUUGUUCGUUUUAUUAUGGAAAAGUUUUCUUUUGGUUUAAUCCAGUUCUGGAUUAAAAUGAAGAUUAAACCAGUUUAAACUGAAUUUUUAAACUGGUUUAACUUUGUUUCCAGCAUUGACUUGUCUGACUUCUCAAGUUGUAAUUCCAAUUAUAAUUUUCUUCAGCUGUUUGUCCAUUUUAGCAUCACUGUUGCUAUGGUAACAUGCGUUGGCUCCAUCCACUGGAUUCUGAUCAGUCUUAGUAUAAUGUGGUGGAUAUUAUUGGGCCUCUGAUCAAGUUUGGUCUGUGAACUGUGAUGAUGUCAUCAUCUGGAUGUUCUACUGUUGACCAACAGGAAUUCAGUGUCAUCUUAAGACUUCAGUCACGGUAUGGUGUAGAUUCAAGUUUCAGAAAUUCAUUACUGUCAGCUAAUAUAUUAAUGAUUCAAUAACAUAGCUAAUGUUUUUUUACAGAAUAAACUCCACCAACUUGUUU